AUGCAAGCCGUCGUGUUCAAGGGCCCAUUACAGGUGGCUGUAGAGGAAAGACCUAUCCCCAAGAUCCAAGAUCCAACCGAUGUGAUCUUGAAGGUCCGAUACACAGCAUUAUGUGGCAGUGAACUCCACGUCUUUCGCGGCCACCAACCCUCCGGCACAGGCUUCAUCAUGGGCCACGAAUUCACCGGCGAAGUAGUCGAGACCGGAUCUUCUAUCACAAACUUCCAGAAAGGAGACCGAGUAGUCUCCCCCUUCACCGUAAGCUGCGGAGAAUGCUUCUACUGUGUCCGCGGUUUCUCCUCUCGAUGCGCACGGAGCCAGCUAUACGGUACCGCUAUACUUGACGGCGGACAGGCCGAAUACGUGCGCGUCCCACUAGCCGACUCAACGCUCUUCAAGAUCCCCGAGACAGUCGACGAGAAAAAGCUGGUUUUGAUGGCUGAUAUCUUCCCUACCGGAUACUUUGCUGCCUCGAACGCUUUCUCCGGCACAAGUACCGAGGAGGUCCAGAACAGCACGGUACUUCUUUUUGGAUGUGGGCCGGUGGGUAUCUGCGCACUUAUUAGUGCUCUUGAGCACAAGCCCAAGAACCUCAUCGCAAUUGAUAGCGUGCCGGAUCGGUUGGAGCUUGCAAAGAGUCUAGGAGCCGAGCCGUGGAAUUUCGAGAAGGAUGGUGACGCGCUACGGGAACGGGUGAAGGAGCUUACCGAGGGCCGUGGUGCGGAUAUCGUUAUUGAGGUCGUUGGUCAUAGUAGCGCCCUCAGGAUGGGCUUUGAUAUGUUACGGCCCUGGGGACGGAUUUCGAGUGUCGGCGUGCACAACCAGGAUAUCCCGUGGACUGGGAAUGAAGCCUAUGGGAAGAAUUUGCGUCUGCAGAUGGGUCGAUGCCCUGUUCGGAGUAUCUUCGCUCCGGCUAUGGAGUUUUUCGAGAAGAAACAGGACAUCCUUGACUUCAUGUCUCGAGAUAUCCGCCCACUUUCGCAGGCUGUUCAGGCAUAUGACGAUUUCCAUAACAUGCGUGCCCACAAGGUGAUUUUCGAGGCGGGUAAGAAAUAG